AUCGCUGAAUAACUAACACUCAACGAGUGAGAAUUUCGUUCGGUGUUUUUGGAAAGAAAGAUAUCAAGAUUUUUUUGUGUGGUGUAGAAGAAAAAUAGAAAAUUAAAUUCUAUUUUAUUGUGCAUUAAUAUUACAUUUUACAUAAAAUUCCUACUUUUUAUAAAAGAAAAAAGCUGGAAUUAAAACAAUAUUAAAUUUUUUGUAAAGAAACUUGCGUUAAAAUUAACCAACAAAUAAAUUAAAAAUCAAUUAAUUUGCAUAAAGGGAAUUAUAACCAAGAUAGAACGUAAUUUCAAAAGCCAUCCAAAAUAAAAGAAAAUUUACGUGAAAAAAAGUAUGGUGUGUAAGAGCAAAGAGGAAAAAAUAAGAAAAAUAUAACGAGAAAGAGGAAAAACGAGAAAAGUAAAACGCACAAGUGAAUAAGUAUCAAGUAAAAAAAAGUAUUCUUUGUAACACAAAAAAAUAAUAAAAAAAGUGGCCAUAAUUAAUACUCCUAACAAAGAAUAUAUUACAUAUAAAAUAUAGAUAAGUCUGUUUGUGUCUCUGUGUUAGUGUUUUUAUAUUGUUCCAUCUCUAAUAUAAUACAAAAAAAAAAAUAAAAAUAAUUAUGUUGAUCUCGUGCAAAUGUCUAAACUUUAUUGCUACAACAAGUAAUAAUCAACAAAAGCAACAGCAGCAAUUGCAGAAUGUGUCGCAACAGCAACUGCCGGUUGCAACAACAGCUGCUGAUGUUGCAACAGCUGACUUAAAGAAGAAUAAUGCAGCAGCAGUGGCAGCUGUUGCUAUGCAACAAUCGUCUAAUGAUUGCAACAACACUUUGUUAGCAGCAACGUCUUCCAAUAACAACUCAAUUCCGAAACCCAGUAACGACGACGUGAUGAACAACGAGUCUUUUUCACUAACCAAUGUUUUAAGGCAAACAUUUCUACAAAAAUAUCCCAGAAAUUUUGUAUUUUAUUCACAGUGCAUGGAUUUCUUUAAACAGGCCAUUGGACCAGUGCCCGAUUUAACAAUAAACGUCCUUAGUCAAAGGGAUCUUAUCUAUAGUCUAACAUUGGAAAUUACCGAAGCACAAUCAAAAUCAUUGUGGCAACUGAGUGUCUGCAGCAAUUGCAAUGUGGCCUUGUGUGCCAAACGUCUGCACAAUAGUCCACCACAAUAUCUCAUCAAUUGUGGUCUGCUGACCAACAACGAGGAAUUAUCCCAAAAACGAUCAGACAAAGCGUUCUCCGAUACUUUCGGUAUACUGAUAAUGGAUCAUCCAAAAAUGGAUGUGGUUAGCGCAAAUAAUCAAAAUACAAACAGCAAUUUAACAAUCGGCUCAAUGUCCACCUCCUUUGCAACAUCGUCUUCGACGAACCUCCAUUUGGAUUCGAAACAAUUGCGCUUACGGCAAUUGCAGGGCAAUUUGCAGCAACGCCUGCAAAGAGAAAUAGCCGAGACGGAUGAGCGCAUACAGCGCUAUACGGCCCAGCAGUUUGCUUUGCUGAAAAGUUUCCGUGAAAAGUCUGAACAGGAAUACCAAAUGUUAGUGACGCUAAUACAAUGCAUACCCGAGCAGCAGGCCAACGAGUGGCUCGAACGUCAACCACCCGCACUAGAUGUCAGCCAUAAUGGUGGCAAUUUAGCGUAUGCCGGUGCACGCAGACGUAAUACCAUUUCCAGUCGUCGUGAACUUAGUACGGCCCCAACUACACCAACUGCAAUACAACCACCGAACACUAUAUAUAAUUUGAAUAGAGAGAAUUAUGUGAGAAAUUCUAUGACUGCCACGCCUACUUCACCUACAAGUGCCAUAAUUACUGCAGCAAAUAAUACUCACUCAACAACAGGGGUGACGUCAACGGCCAGCAUAGCCACUUCCACUACCCCAACCACUGUUGGCAGUGUUAGUAGCUCAGCUUUGAAUCGUAAAAUGUCAAAUUUCGAUACACCACCAGCUACACCCGAAGCUAUACCCAUGAGUGUGGGCAAUAGUCCCACAUUUCGCCAGCAGCAACACAAUGUAUUUGCCAGCCAACAGCAAACAGUUCAGCAACAAUAUUCAACACCCUCUGUCGAAACCGCUGACGAUUGUCUCUUCGAAUUGGAGGGUGUUGAUGGCAGCAACAUAGUUUCACCCCAACACCAACAGCAGCAGCAGCAGCAGCAGCAACAGAAUCGUACGAUGUAUUUACAAUAUCCACCAUCACCAAUGCGUCUUUUACAGUCGCAGCAACAGCAGCCACAAAAUGUGCCACAUCAAAUACUGCCACCUUACAACAGCUAUCAGCGUAGCUUAAGUUAUAUUAAUGCACAGCCGGAAAACCAUAUGAGCGAUUUAGAUGAGAGUGAUGAUGCUGAAGAAGCUGAAGAUGCUCUGGAUUUGGAUACCUCAAUGCCAAUAGCCAUGACUGCAACCCCCCACAGACGCAUAAAUUCGAAAACCGCAGCACAAGUAGCAAAUUUUGCUAAAAGUCUACCUAUAGAAAUAGCUAACUCUCCGCUAGCUGUUGGACGCAGUUAUAUGGCCACUUUAGAAUCGGAUGAAGAUGAACUUGACAAUAAUGUUGAUAUAGCGGCCAGCAUUAAAGCUUUAGCUAAAAGUGUCCAUGGAGAGGCGGUGUUUGGUGAUUUACCCAGACCCCGUUUGCGUUCACAAAUUUAAAUACAACAUAAUGAUUACGAUGAUGAUGAUGAUGUUUUUUAUUAAUUGUCUACAUAUUUAAUAAUAGCUUCAAAAUCUAUGAAGACUUUUAUACAUUUUUAAUUAAUUAAUUAUUUUUUUUUUUUCAUACUGACGCUAUUUCAGCAACAAAAUAUUAGUUUUAAGUUACUACUUUUUUUCUAAACACAAUGAUGUCUUUAUGUUAAGUUUAAUUAUGUGUAAUAAUUUUUUUUCUUUCUUUUUUUUAGAACUGAAUAAUUUUUUUUAUUUAAGAAUAUUUCUACUUUUUUUUUCAAAAAUUCAUAAAAAAUUUUAUAUAUUUUUUUUAUUGAUGCAUUAAUAUUAUAGACUAUAAUGUUUAAACAUAACAACUACAAAAAACCCCACAACUUGACCAUGCUCAUCAUUUUUUUUUUAAAUAUUAAUACCUACAUAAUAAAUAAAUCAAAUCCAACAGCAUAAAAUUCAUAUUUAAACAUCUUUAUUAUGUUUAAGGUGUUUUGUUAACGAAAAAUAAUACAAAUAAUAUGUUUAAAUAAAUGUUUAUAUAAUAAA